UUGACAGCUGCGCUUGAAGUGAAGAAUGGAUAUCUGAAACCCAGAUGACAUCAUUAUUGUUCGCAAGUGGACUUAAUCAUAAUAUUAAUAGUAAUACGAUUGAUUAGAUACCAGUGAGGGAAACGAAGAAAAUCCCAAUUGUUUUUCUCCGGUAGCAACACAAAAGAAGAGGACUGUGAGUGAGAGAGACAGAGAGAGUAAAUGAUAAGUCGUGCCACCGUAUGGUUUUUGCUAUUUUGUGUUUUUUGAUGCAGUCUGAGGGAACGGACUCUGAUAUGAGUCGCCAUGACGAUAGAGGACCUGUGUCUCGUGCGCUGAGUUAGCCGCUAAUGCGUUAUACGCAUUUGUUUCUGUUAUUGUUUUAUUUUAUCUUUUCCCUCCCGCCUUUUUAGCGAUAAAAUAUGUGGUAACCUCGCCGUCGGGAGCGACAGGGGUGUUGUCAGGGAAAAAAGGAAAAAAAGGAGUAGGAAGGGGGGUUAAGAGGUGUUUAUUACCCCCCUUUUAAGGUGUUUAUUUUAUUUUAAUUUUUUUGCUUUGUAUGUAUUAUUUCCUUCUAUGUUCGUAUUUAUCUUUAUUAUUGUUUUUAUUACUAUUAUUUUGGGAAACGGACUGACGCGAGGAAGGUGAAUUGAUACGCGAGAGCCUGCGACACGUUCAUGACGAAUUACAUCUGAACAAUUACUGAUGGCAUAAACACCGACUUCUGCACUAAAGUCUGAAUAAUCCCGGGAAAGAAGCGGAGACGCCGGGCAUCGACUUUGAAUUGUGGGAACUUACGUGCAGAUCGCAAUAGAACGCAUGUUGCCGAAACAUCAGCAUGAAGGUCAACAACGAUAAGUGAGGACCAACACGGCAUCUCUUCUGCAAAUCCCACACAUUUCCUCACUAUACCCCAACUCCGGCACAUCUGGGCGGCCUAGACACUCUUUUACCCCUCAUCUGUUUAAUUUCUGUCACCCAUCACUGGGGCAGCACUCACCCCAGCCGAAGCAUGUCAUCAGUGGUCCUGGCGCGAUCACGGCGGGAAUCGGCCUGCUCCUGCCCACGCCGCAUAUCUGAAACUUGUCUGGUGUGGCUGCUGGGAUUGGCGCUGCGCCUGGCACUCUCGUCAUGCCAACGGGCAGACCUCAACGCCGUCAAACACCCCAUGGUCACCACAGGCUACGGGAAGCUCCGGGGCAUUCGCAAGGAGUUAAACAAUGAGAUUCUGGGCCCGGUCGAGCAGUACUUGGGCGUUCCCUACGCCACCCCGCCAGUGGGCGAGAGACGAUUCCAGCCCCCGGAGGCACCAGGCUCCUGGCAGGAGAUCCGUAAUGCAACCCAGUUUGCACCGGUGUGCCCCCAAAACAUCCACGGUGUGCUGCCAGAGAUCAUGCUUCCUGUAUGGUUCACCGACAACCUGGAUGCAGCUGCAGCAUAUGUACAGAACCAGAGUGAAGACUGCCUUUACCUCAACAUCUACGUUCCCACAGAGGACGGUCCACUCACAAAAAAACACGAUGAGUCUUCAAUGAACAGACCGAGGGACGAAGAUAUUAGAGAUCGUCGGAAGAAGCCUGUGAUGUUGUUUAUCCAUGGUGGCUCAUACAUGGAGGGAACUGGAAACAUGUUUGAUGCGAGCGUUCUUGCUGCUUAUGGAAACGUGAUUGUCAUCACAAUGAACUACAGAUUGGGCGUUCUGGGUUUUCUGAGCACUGGAGAUCAGUCUGCAAAGGGGAAUUAUGGGCUAUUAGACCAGAUUCAGGCUCUGCGCUGGCUCAAUGAGAACAUUGGCCACUUUGGGGGAGACCCAGAGAGAAUCACCAUAUUUGGCUCUGGGGCAGGAGCCUCAUGUGUCAACCUUCUCAUCCUGUCCCAUCAUUCUGAAGGUCUGUUCCAGAGAGCCAUUGCUCAGAGUGGCUCGGCCAUAUCCAGCUGGUCAGUGAACUACCGGCCACUGAUGUACACCAAGAUCCUUGCCAAGAAGGUUGGCUGCAGCAACAGCGACACUGCUGAUCUGGUGGAAUGUCUGCGGAGGAAGAGCUUCAGAGAACUGGUAGAUCAAGACAUCCAACCCGCCCGCUACCACAUCGCAUUCGGACCGGUGGUGGAUGGAGAUGUGGUACCCGAUGACCCUGAAAUCCUCAUGCAGCAGGGGGAGUUCCUGAACUACGACAUCCUGUUGGGAGUGAACCAGGGUGAAGGGCUGAAAUUUGUGGAUGACAGUGAGGGUGAAGAUGGAAUUUCUGCUGCUUCCUUCGAUUACACCAUAUCUAACUUUGUGGAUAACCUAUAUGGAUACCCAGACGGUAAAGAUAUACUUCGGGAGACUAUAAAGUUCAUGUACACCGAUUGGGCUGACCGUGACAACGGUGACAUGCGGCGUAAAACUCUACUUGCACUUUUCACUGAUCAUCAGUGGGUGGCGCCAGCAGUGGCCACAGCGAAGCUGCAUGCAGAGUUCCAGUCACCUGUUUAUUUUUACACCUUCCACCACCACUGCCAGACGGAGGCACGACCCGAGUGGGCAGACGCAGCUCAUGGCGAUGAGAUCCCGUAUGUAUUUGGCGUUCCCAUGGUGGGCGCCACAGAUCUAUUUCCCUGCAACUUUUCCAAAAACGAUGUCAUGCUCAGUGCUGUGGUGAUGACCUAUUGGACCAACUUUGCCAAGACUGGUGAUCCGAACGUUCCCGUGCCGCAGGAUACCAAGUUCAUUCACACUAAGCCCAAUCGCUUCGAAGAAGUGAUCUGGACCAAGUUCAGCUCUAAAGACAAGCAGUACCUGCACAUCGGGCUGAAGCCUCGCAUCCGUGACAAUUACCGCGCCAACAAGGUGGCAUUCUGGCUGGAGCUGGUUCCUCAUCUCCACACCCUGCACGAGGAGAUCAUUAAUUCCAUAACCACACGAUUACCCCCCGGGAGUACCCACCGACCUAACUGGAAGGGUACGGUACAGAGCCCUGGUACACGCUCUACCCGCCACCCUACCGUUUCUACCUACCCGCCCGAACCUGACCCUGAUGGUUCUGAAAGGCCUCGCUUCUCCCCCUUCCCAAGUGAGACACGAGAUUAUUCAACGGAGCUAAGCGUGACUGUAGCAGUUGGGGCAUCACUUCUCUUCCUCAACGUGCUGGCAUUUGCCGCGUUGUACUACAAACGUGACAAGCGGCAUGAGCUACUACAACGGCGUCACCGCCGGCUCUCGCCCCAACGUGGGGCUGGGCCCGGUGUGGGCAUUGUGGGAGUGCCGCCACAUAAUGACCUGGCACUGAGUCAGGAAGAGGAGCUAAUGUCCUUGCAGAUGAAGCAGCAGAGGGUGGAGCUCGACCACGGCACGCCCCUUCCCCCACGUGGUCUUCACGGCGACCUGGAGCCCCUGAGACCCCCCGUAUGCCCGCCGGACUACACUCUGGCACUGCGGCGGGCACCCGAGGACGUGCCACUUAUGACGACUAACACUCUGUCCAUGAUCCCCAGCACCAUCACUGGCAUGCAGCCCCUCCAUGCCUUCAACACAUAUCCCCCUGUGCCUGCACCAAGUGCUGGGCACAGCAACAACGCCCUGCCCCACCAGCACUCCACCACACGGGUAUAGUAGCCCCUCAGAGGGGACCAGACACAACCCUACAACUGUAGGAACACAGACCUCCUGUGCGAAGAGUGGUGUUCUACAUAGAUAUUCUCCAGCAAGCCACUCCUGUCCUUUUUAUGUCCACUCCUCUCACAACACAUUCUCUUUUUUCUGUCUCUCUCUUUCUUUUUUAAAAUUUUCCUGCUCUUCUUAUUCUUUGAGUUUUUAAUGGAGAAGGUUUUGUGCUAAGAAACUUCUGCCUGUUCAUUUUCCCCACUCAAUACAUCAACACCGAGCUCCCCAUCUCUGUUUUUACCUCAUUCCCCAUUUCUGUCUUUUUCUGUUCUUCUCCCUGAUACUCUUCUGCUCUGCUGUAGCUGUUUCUAGUCCCUAAAAAGAACCAUUUUCCUACUUCGGACUGUUUUAUAAAACAAGAAAACAUGCUUGUAAAAUAUGUAUUAUUGAUAACCUUAUAAGGCAAUGAAUGAAAAAAAGAGAUUCUACUAUCUAAUUUUUACCAGCAUUCUUGCGCCAAGUACUGUGAUCAUCGUCCAAUCAGAUGCAGUCUUGUGGACGGCCAUGGAGAGAAGUGGAUCUAUACAAGGAAUUUGCAGAAUUGAGAAAAAAGUGCCAAAUUUGUUUUUUCUUUUCUUUUUGUCUUUUUCUCAGGUUUUAUUUUUUUGCUUUUUGUUUUGCACUGUCACUGUUAUUUGCCUAAGGUGAAAUCACUAUAUCUAUAUAAAAAGUAAAGAUAUAGAAUUAUUAAAUUUAUAUCUUGAUUGCGCUUUGGGAAAUUUGCAUGAUUUAUUUUUUAAGAGUAAAAUGGACAUCUGAACAGCAUUUGUUCCACAUUAGAAAUUCAAGACUCUUCUUUCUUUGUCUUUUUAUUGUUGUUGUCUUUUUCUGGAACAGUCUUAUCUUUCUUUCUAUCUCUGUCUUUCUCACCCUGUCUCUCUUUUUACAUCAGCUAUAUUUUGUGCUUUUCAUUUGGAGAUUCUUUUCCCUCUGUAGAUACAGUACAUAUUCAUAUCCGGAAAUGAAAACUGAUUCUUGACGAUAAUAAAGAGGAUAAAUAGUUCCCUUCUUUUUUUGCAUUUAUAAUUACGGAAGCCCAUCUUUUUUGCAUUUAUAAUUACAGGAAUGCUCAUCUCCUGGAGAAGGACUGAUUUAAUCCAAUCCCGUUCUUUCUUUCUUUUUUAUCCUUAUCUUUCUCUCUGCUUGUACGUUCCUCUCUAGUAAGCCGCACAUCUUGUCAAAUUGAGUUAAGGAACGGUCACUGUGCUCCACUCUCUCUCCACAAAGACUCGGACUCUGCUGAGCUGGACAUCUAGAGUGAAGGGAUCAACACCUGCGCUCGUCUCCGCACAGCUGGAGUCUCUCCGUCUCUUUUAUCCUGAGCCCAAGAGAGCUCGCAACUUAUCCAGAACAUUCCUCCCCCUCAAUGACACUGACCUUUGAGUGAUUAUCUCAGUUUGAGCUCACUUGUCUUCAGACGGACAUCUUGUUAUAUGCCCUGUCACAAGUCUGCGUAAAACCUGCAGAUUGAAUCUCUCACCUUUUUAUGUGUUUUUUCGGAAAUCUCUCUUUCAGGGUACUGAGAACUGAAGAGGGAGAUUUGCACUUGAGUGUACGUGUGCAUGUGUGUAUGAAAGAAUAUGUACAUUUGGAACGAGUCAGAUCUAGAGACUGAAUCUGGAAGCUUCAAGCAGUCGAUGCUUCAGGUUUGGUGCGAAUUGGCACAGAAGGUCCGGUCAUGCGCAAUACGCGGAUGUAAUCCCGAAUAUGAGCCGUGGUAACGCUCAAGAACUAAACGCACUAACAUUAUGCCGCUGGAUGAAAUAUGCUGUGUUAAAGUGGAAGAGAAGUCAUCCCUCAUUCCACUUAAAUUUAUAAUCCAUAACACAAAAGCAACUGUGCAUAUUGAUCUCAUUUACUCCAUCAUUUUUAUUUGUUAUCUUGUCUUGUUUUUGACGUUUUGUCAGUGGGUGGAUGAAAAUAUGCGAGACCACUUUCUGUCAUGCCAGAGAUAAAAACCUGACAAAAAACACAAGAUGCAAACUGUACAUUUUUAUAAAUGUAAGAAAUAACAUGGUCUUUGUAAAUAUUUAGUUUAUUGUUGGGUUCACCGGUUGAAUAGCCAAUCGUAUCCACUGUAAAAACAGGUGCAAGCUCAUUCAGCCAAUCACAUCUCUUCACCCACAACUCUGAAGACACUUAUUAAAAGCCAAUUUCUUCAUUUGAUUUUAAGGUUUGCAGAUAUUAAAGCUUCUUUUUGACAGUAUUUCAAGAGACAUUAAACUGUAAUGAAUGUUGAGGGAAGUGGUAAUGAAACAAAUCCACAUUAGAGGAUGUAUUCAGUCAAGAAUGAGCGUGGUUGAUGAGAAUAAUUGCAUUUGGAAUUCAAAUUUGCUGCAAGACCCAAUGUGCUUUAGUCUCUAGAGACAAUACAGUGGACAAAAGAGUUGCUGGCUGCUUCUGAUGUUUCAGAUGAAAAAUGGAGGGUGAAACUGAUUUGGGGGUAAAGAAUUUUGUUGAAGCUGGAAAAAUAAAGGCUGAAACAUAUUCAACGCAAGUAUGUGAACAAAGUUGAAAGCAAUUUGGCUACUGCAUUGUCAAUGUGCGGUAUAGUUGAACAAGAUCAAUGUGCGUUCUUGCGUUACUGUGGCAGAAACAAACCUCAGUACUCAAAGGGCCAAUUCUGGUUAGUUACUCUUGACUUAAAUCUAAUUACUGUAGUUGGCUUGUAAUAGAAAAACUGACCAAAGAAGCAGAUGGUUCACACUAAUCUCACUAUGGUACCCCUUGUGGCAACAUUGAGAAUGCAACGCAUACUAGCGUUGUGUAAUAAAUUGCUGUCUGACACAUAAUGCAACUAUGCACGUUAUCGAGCUUGUGUAGCUAGAAGUGUUUGCGUUCACAUACUGAUGUAGAGUACGUUUCAGCCUAAUGUUUUAAAUAAGAACGUUUCAUCAGGUUUUAUUACUGUUAGGUUAAAACCGGCCAUCUCUUGUUACACGUAGAACUUCAUUUUAUUUCCUCGUUAGAGGCUUUAGGAUAUAAAUCACUUGAGUCAGCACCACUUUUUUUUUUCUGAGAGGCCUGCUGUUCGAGUCAUUCUCUUGGGCGUUCUUCAUUACACUUCAGUGGACUAAAUGACACAACGUGGGGUUGUUUCUCUUACCUGGUUGUAAGUUCUUAGAAAUUUAACGUUAACCCAACCAUUGGAGAUUGGUGAGGGUUGGGAUUCCACAGAGUCUUGGCUUAUCUCUUUGUUGUUAAUUGGAGCUGCAUAUAUUUCAAAGUAGAGAAAUAAAAAAGUUCAUAUUUUUCUACAAAAUAAAAGGGAGAGAGAGAUGAUUCUACCGGCAACUAACAGGCAUAUAAAGCACACUUUCACCAGACAUAUGGUGAUACUUUUGCCUGGGUUGCCAAUGUAUUAUAGAGGAUUUUAAAAUAUGAAGAAAAAAGUAAUGAGAAACACAACUGUUUAGUAUUAAUGCUUGGUCGCCAAAAAAUAAAUAAAUAAAAUAAAAAAGACUUGCACCUGUUGAGUUUCAUUUGUUGAAUUUCAGCAAUGUAAAAAAGGCUUGGGAUGAGGGGACUCUAUUAGACCAUAAUGGGUCUAAAGAAUGAAAUUCAUAUUUCUAUUUUCUAUACAGGCUACUACACACUGUAUGUUGUGUAUCUGAACUGGACAACAUUAAAAAAAAAUGUUAUUAAACAUA